AUGACUUCCUCUGCAUCAGGUGGCAGUCUGAAUACCACGGCUGCGUCGCAGCUGCCUUCAUGGCUCUCACGACACUUCAACUUGGGGUUUAACGACGAUGACGUAAGCGCUCUUAUUGAUUCCAUCGAUGCAAGCCAAAAUCCGCCGGCCUCCGUCGCAAAUCUUCCAGCUGAACUCCUUUUACACGUGCUGGAGUAUGUUCCUGUCGACUACAUCCUCGACUGGCGCCUGGUCUGCCGCGGCUUCCGUGACGCCAUUGAUGGGCGUACGCUGUACCACCAUCUACGACGCACUCAGCUGAUUGGUUUCGUGGGUCCACGAACCCAUUGGCCUUUGCGAAACCUGACGGACGAGCAAUAUGACCGCAUGCAAUUCCUACAUGCCACGUUCGAUCAUGUCGAAGACAGCUCUAGCUCUGCAUACGCGCAACGGGAGUCUCGCCCGAUUUGGGGUAGCACACACGCUGUCUUCAACAUCGACAUGAGCGAGUUUGUGACCGGCUCUAAUACUGAGGGAGCAGGUUCGAAAUAUGACAGCACAAUCGAAUAUGCUGACACCAUUUGGAGGAAUGCGGCAUCUCGACUUGAACUCACUGGUGCUGAAGAGGGUUUUGGCACACUGCGAUGGUGCAUCAAAGUCGACCGCGCAGUGAUUGAUUUAGAUCUCCCUCUUGAAGCAGGAAGACAUUCAUUCGAAGUCACGGUCGACAUGAAUAAGGGUACCGUUAAAGUAGCCUGGAAAGACAUGCUGUUUCGCUUCUUGAAGACCGAGGCUGCUCUUCGCCGCAUGCUUGAUCAGGUGGGUCGGCCGGAUUCCAAGGCCAAACGGACGCUGACAUCGUCUCAGCGAAGAUCUGGCCGUUUCACCUUUAACCACGCCGAAGAUUGCUUACGAGAAGUCCGUCGCCAACGCUUGCACGCGUCCCUCGAUCCAAACAACAAAGUAGAUCGUCACCUGAAGUGGUCACUCCGGCUAUUACGUCCGCUCUUCGGCAAGCCUUAUCAGGAUCAUGCACCCCUCCAAGCAGCCGAGAAUAUUGCGAUUGACGCCCUACUAUUCCUCCGUCGCCAAGCAGCCAUGAGUACAGACGAGAUUGCACGUAUGUACCAGUUGAGUGAAGAUCUCAAAACCAUGGACACAGAGUGGAAAGACCUAGAGCGAGAGUUUGAUGAGUUCAGGGCCCAUAUGUUCCCAGGCUUCGCGUAUAACAUUCCGGUCUCGACGUCACAAGAAGAGCAGGUCCCCUACAAUCCGAUCGCAUGGCCGGAUGAGUUACGCGCGCAGAUACACGAGCGAGUGAAUAAGUGGAGAAGUCAAAAGAAAGUUAUGGCCCAAAUGUGCGCCUUACUUGCGUCCUCCAACCAAGUCCUUUCUGUUUCCGAGGAUAGCUUCGAUGACCUGAGUAGCGAUAUCUGA